AUGGCGUCUGUUACCAGCCUCGACCAGGACAUGAAGAACCUGCGCAUGGGGAGAUACACGCCGCAGGCUGCGAACGAGGUGCGCACGUGGAUCGAGCAGUCGCUGGGCGAGCGGCUGCCUGCGGGCGACCUCCUGGAUGCACUGAAAGAUGGGACGGUGCUGUGCAGGCUCGUCAACAUGGCGCUUCCUACCCCAAUCCGCUUCAAGAAGUCUGGCAUGCCAUUUAUCCAGAUGGAGAACAUCUCCCACUUCCUCAAGGCGUGCGAGAUGCCGCCGCUCAAUCUGCCCUCGCACGACCGCUUCCUCACCGUCGACCUCUAUGAGAGCAAAGAUCCGGCCCAGGUUCUGCAGUGCUUGACGGCCUUCUCGCGCGCCGCCAACCAGAUCAACGCGACCAGGUUUCCCUCGAGCAUAGGCCCAAAGCGUGGCGGCAGCGCCAUGAGCCCAACCACACCGUCGAGACCCGACUUCGCCAGGAGUCAUGGCUCGUCUACAUUCAACCCCAUGAAGCCUCCUCCAAACAAGCCAAAGCCGCUCAGUCCGUCGCGAACGGGUGGGAGCAAUGCCUCCAAGUCGUCAGCUGGCAUGCCUGUAUCGCCGCCCGGAGGUGUUAGUAGCUGGAGCAAAAAGGCUGACCAGGGCGUUACUUCGCCAGCAUGGAACAUUCACCAGUACGGCUACAUGGGCGGCGCAAGUCAGGGAAAUCAAGGUAUUGCAUUUGGUGCGCGGCGGCAGAUUACGAGUGCGGGACCCAAUGUGCCCAACAUGGCAGAGAAGGAGCGCAAACGGCGCGAGAAGGCUGAGGAGGAGGAAAGGCUGCGGGUUGCUGCAGAAGAAGCGGAGAAGCACCGCCUUGUUGAGCGCGAGGCAGAGGAGGAACGCCAACGGGCUGAAGAGGAACGAUUGUGGGAAGAGGAAUCGCGCAGGCAGCGUGAAGCAAAAGAACGGCGCCUCGAAGAGCAGAAGCGCGAGUGGGAAGAGCAGGAACGACAGUGGAAGAUGCAGGAGGAAGCCCGGCAGAACGAAGAGCGUGAAGCUCAAGAGGCCGCUGAGAAAGAGGCUCGACGGAAGCGUGCAGGCAGUGACGCCAGACUACGAGGCCAGUUUCUGAGCCAGUACCAGGCCGAGCAGAAACCACGCAGCCGGCGAAACAGCCAGAGCGACGACCACAACGACCGCAUAGCCGAGCUUGAGCGUCAACUUGAGGAAGCCAAAGAGCGUGAACGGCAAUACCAGCAGGAGCGUGAGAACCGCAAAGACCGUCAGCGAGGCGCCCGCUCCAAGUCCCGCACUCGCGAACGCUCAAAGAGUAGAUCACGCCCUCAACCACCACCCCGUGCGCCCUCUCCGCAAGAAAGCAACGUCUCUUGGGCCCAAGCAGACGACCGCGCCUACCUGCGUGACGCGUGGACAGCAAACCAGCGCGAGCCCGCGCGCUCAGUCCACACGCCAGAGCCAGCCUUCUCAUCAUCAACCUCAUCUCGCCCGCUUCCAGAGCCCACAUCACCAAGACCUCUGCCCGACCCCACGGCAUACAUGAGGUCAAGCCAAGGCGCCCAGAGCAGAACAGACCGCUACCUCGCCUCCAACCCGGCGCCCGCCCCUCCCAAGCCCUCGACCUACGCACCGCCCGAAUCCACCUCGACCAACGAGCAGCGCGCCGAAGACGCGCGCCGCAAAGCCGCGCAGCAAACCACAAAGGACCGCGGCUGGGCCUCCAAGUCCUUGCUCGAGAGGGAAAUGGAGCGCGAGCGCGAGCGCCAGAAGGAGUGGGAGCAGUCGCAGCGCGAGCUGCAGAGCGCCGCCAAGGACCCCACGGCCGGCGUGGGAGAGGGCCAGUCGUGGGACGUCAAUCAGUACGGCUACAUGGGCGGGGAUAGCCAGAAUCGGGGCGGGAUCAGCUUUGGUGGCAAGAGGCAGAUUUUGGGUCCCAGGCCUUUUGGGCCGAGAUAG